GGGUGUGUUUCUGCAGAGAGCAGCUUUCGUAAUGCAUCCAUAGAAAACCCCUGUACGCAGACAGACGCAGCCCUGGCGGCACAGUGCUAGGCGUGUAAGUCUUCAGCGUGGAUGACAGCGGAGCUGGUGUCGUUAUUAAAGGCCCUCGGAAGUGGCUGAUGAUACGUCUGCUGAUCCUUGCAACGGCCACACCGUCAUCGGUGGCAGCGGCAGGAGGAACUCUUCCUUGUUCCAAGGAACGUACGAUCAGCCCUCUGUGUACCAGCUCUCAAAUGCAGCUUCUCAAGUCACUGGUGUGACUUCGUAGCGGAGCACCGACUCGGGAUGGUCUCAGCACCGAGGAAACUUGGGGAGUAACCUGGCCUGAAGGUAACCGUGAUGACGGCCUGGUCUAUGGUGGAAAGGUUGACCAUGGAGAAGAGGCGCUCCCAGGAAGACAGAACGGCCGGGCAGGAUGGCGGGCCUUGCAGCGCGGAGUCGGACGAAUGGACGAGUUCGGAGAGUGAGCCUGAACAGCCUUGCGCCAGGAACAGCUGCAGUGCCGUGCUGCGGCCGGGGAAGGAGAUGCCCCACAAGCCCCAUCGUCAGCUCUGCCGCUCUCCGUGCUUGGAUCGACCGAGUUUCUCCCAGAGCAGCCUCCUUCAGGAUCUAAAACUGGAAGACGAUAAAACAAACACGAACAAAGAAUACCAAGCUAAGAUUGAUUUUGCUUUAAAACUGGGAUACGCAGGAGAUCAGAUCCAAGCUGUGUUGAACAAGCUGGGGCCCGACGCUCUCAUUAAUGACAUUUUGGCAGAGCUUGUGAGACUUGGAAACAAGGCUGAGAACGAAGGGCAAGCCAGUACCAGGAGUACCCCCGGCACGGCUGGUACCGGUACAAAGGAGACGGCCAGUCCCGAGCUGUCUCUGGAAGAAGAAGUGGUGGACAGCUCGGACAACUUGAGACCCAUCGUCAUUGAUGGAAGCAACGUGGCAAUGAGCCAUGGGAAUAAAGAAGGAUUUUCUUGUCGAGGCAUUCAGUUGGCCGUUGACUGGUUUCUGGAGAAAGGUCACAAAGAUAUUACAGUUUUUGUGCCUGCAUGGAGGAAAGAGCAGUCACGACCAGAUGCACCCAUUACAGAUCAAGAAAUUUUGCACAAACUGGAGAAAGAAAAAAUUCUGGUCUUCACCCCUUCUCGGAGAGUUCAAGGGAGGAGGGUGGUCUGUUAUGACGAUCGCUUCAUCGUGAAAUUGGCUUACGAUUCUGAUGGCAUCAUUGUGUCCAAUGACAAUUAUCGCGACCUGCAGAACGAAAAGCCCGAGUGGAAGAAAUUCAUUGAGGAACGUUUGCUGAUGUAUUCCUUUGUGAAUGACAAGUUUAUGCCUCCUGAUGACCCCUUAGGACGCCAUGGCCCUAGCCUUGAAAACUUCUUAAGGAAAAAGCCUGUCAUUCCGGAACACAAAAAACAGCCGUGUCCUUACGGGAAAAAGUGUACCUACGGGCACAAAUGUAAAUAUUACCACCCAGAACGAGCCAACCAGCCCUUGAGAUCCGUGGCAGACGAGCUUCGCAUCAGUGCCAGAUUAUCUGCGGGGAAGACGAUGAGCGAAGGCGCCCUGGCUAAAUGCGGAACUGGGACGGGCCUUUCCAAAGGCGAGGUGGCUUCCGAAGUCAAGCGCAUUGCUCCGAAACGCCAGUCCGACCCGAGCAUCCGGUCCGUGGCCGUGGAGCCGGAGGACAGGCUGUCGAUGGCGCGGAAGUCCGAGGCCAGCUCCGUCCCUUCCCUCGUUUCGGCGUUAAGCGUCCCAACCAUCCCUGCUUCCAAAAGCCACGCUGUCGGGGCGCUGAAUACUCGGUCGGCCAGCAGCCCCGUUCCGGGCUCCUCUCAGUUCACGCACCAGAAAUCCUCCCUGGAGCAUAUGGCCAGUGUGCAGUAUCCCCCCAUCCUGGUCACCAACAGCCACGGCACAUCCAUCAGCUACACAGAUCAGUAUCCAAAAUACGAGUCUUUGGGAGACCACGGCUAUUAUUCCAUGCUCAGCGACUUCUCCAAUUUGAGCAUCAGCAGCGUGCAUAAUGCCGAUUAUUACGGGGCGGAUGUGGACCAAGGCAUGUACUCGAGGAAUUCCAGCCCCUGUCCCGACAGUUGCCUCAGCCAUACAAGCAACGAUUCCUACUCUUCGUACAGCGACUUGUAUCUGGGUGUAGGAGAUGGAAACCCUGAAGACAAUGUGAAGGCUCGGCUCCCGCCCCAAACCCGCCUCCAGCCCUUCUCUCACGGUUAUCACGAGGCCUUAACGAGAAUUCAGAGCUACGGCACGGAAGGGUCUAAACUUCUUCCUCGUAAGCACUCGAGUUCCCAUUUAGCUCUGCACGCCCAACACCCGGUCCUUGGGGCACGGUCCAGUUGCCCGGGGGAUUACCCCGGGCCCCCAAACGCUCACCCGUCGGCCACCCCGCAGCCGAGCCGGGCCCUGGUCAUGACGAGGAUGGACAGCAUCUCUGACUCGCGGCUGUACGAGAGCAACCCCACGCGGCAGAAGAGGCCGCCCCUCUGCCGAGAGCAGCACGCCAGUUGGGACCCGUUGCCGUGCCCGACCGACACCUACGCCUACCAUUCCUAUCCGCUGAGCAACAACCUCAUGCAGCCGUGCUACGAGCCGGUCAUGGUGAGGAGCAUGCCUGAGAAAAUGGAGCAGCUGUGGCGCAACCCUUGGGUCGGGGUCUGUGGCGACCUCCAGGAGCCGCACAUCAUCCCGGAGCAUCAGUAUCAAACCUAUAAGAAUCUCUGUAACAUUUUCCCCGCAAGUGUGGUCCUCUCGGUUAUGGAGAAGAACCCCCACGUGACCGAUGCACAACAGCUGGCUGCCUUGAUCGUUGCCAAAUUAAGAACAGGACGUUAGAAAGAAGUUCUGUUCCCACAUUCUGGAUGCGUCCUUAAUGGGAAAAUCCUGUGCAAGCAUUCAGUGGAGGAGGUCUGCGAGAGAUCAUCCUUUGCUUGUAAAUAGUUCCAACCGGUGGUAUGCAAGUCUGUAUAUUAUUGUAGUAAUUAUUUAAGAUGUGUGAAGCAUUCUGUAAAAGCAGACUGUAUUACGAGUAUUUAAAAAUUUUUAAAGCAGGGAUUUUUUUUAAAAAAAUGGCUUUUGACAGGAAGUGCAUACCUUGUGCAUGGAUGUACCAUAUGUUGAACCCAAAAGGUCACAGAUUGGUAGGUCUAAAACAGGUCCUUCAAAAUGGCACACAGUUGCAUUUCAUGAGUCAGUGUGUAGUUUUCAGUACUAAUUGGCCAGUUCAACCAAGGAUGCGUGCAGAUGAAAAUCUUCACAGGAAGAAGCUUGUAAGGAAAUUAGUCUAAGCGGUAGACUUGUCUCAAAGUUGCAAAGGGUUUUUUAAAUGGGUCUCUAGCAUGAAGAGACUCUUUAGAGAUGUCCGGUAUUUGGUGUAUGUUUGAGGGGGGCAUUUUGCACACACUCAAAGUAUCCCUUUGCAGUGAAGAGCAUUGCUCAAACAUUAAAAGGAUGGGAUGGGAAACCAACAUGCACAUGCCUGAAGCAUAGCGAAGUAUCCGGAUAGUUGUAGCUAGUAUCCUUGCAGGUGGAAAACAGUAUUGUUGAUAAGCGGCUUGCCAGUAAAGGAAUUAAAAUAAUACUCAGAUAAUAUUGGUGUGGCAUUAAGAGUUCUAAAUACUGCUGUUGGCGUUUCCAAGCUUUUGAUUCUACCUAGUUCAUCGCAGGCCAAAUGUGGUAAGCAUUCCACAUCUGAUUCGGCUUCCCUUUCCGUGGGGUUUCCGACCCACCAAAGGCCAAGAAAUUGUGCUGGUUGGAUAUGCAGAUCUACCAUUAAGGGGAAAAAAAGACUUUAAAAAAACCCUAAUUGUUGCCGAAGGCAAGCUCAUUUUUGAAGGGGUGCUCCGGAAUUAGAUUUGACUGCCAACUAAAGCGUUUGCACUUUGAAAUCCAUGCAAAAGGUGUGUGUUCACUUCCUGGGAAGGUCAGAGUCGUCCUUCUGUUGGGUGGCAAUCUUUGCGCAAUUGAGUAUUUUUCUGCUCAGGGGGUGGGCAAUUUUGUAGCUCAGUGUCUCCUCCGAGAGGCAUUUAUGGCAGUGGUGGCUUUAUCGUUUUCGUUGUUUUUUUUUUUUUAAACAAAGCUGCACUGACUGGAAGACCCUUUUUAGAUCCAAAUGUGUAUUUCAAUCUUUUGAACCACGACUAACUCGAUAUGUUCUCGAGCUAGGACUUUGUUGACUUCUACUGUAGUUUUUUUUCAUGAAAGUCGAGAAGGCCCGGUUUCUGGCCUUUUGUUUCUUCAUGAGAAGGUGUGACACUGCCUAAAUGUUUCUUACUAUGAAACACACGGAACGUGAGGCUGCCGUCAGGGUUGUUUCUGGUGUUUUGAUAAGGGCUUGCAAGCUGCUUUCAGUUUUUUGUGUUUAUUUUUAUUUUUUUAAAUCUCAGGAGUGGUGGGGUGGGAGACCCAAAAUGACGUCCUGCAUCCUUUACUUGAAAUUUUGCACUGAUGCUCAGGAUCGCAGGCGAUGCUGCUCCAGCUUUGUAUCAGAUGAAUGCACUUGGUGUUGUUCUCCAAAGAGGUCAACAUACCUUAAGUUAGCCAGCCAGCUAAGUGGCACCUGCUUGUACCCCUAGCUUAUACUUACCCCUUCCCCUCCUCGUUUUCCUUCUUUCCUUCCUUUUUAUCUUUUUCUUUUGUCUGCCAUAAAACGAGGUGGAGGGUUUGGGCUCCCCCUGACCCAGGCGGUGGUGUUCUUACCCAGAGUUGGUACGACAGCAGUGGGAAAACGAGAAGAAACUUUGCAAGCUUGUGUUAUUCUGCUUGUUGACACUCGUGCUGAGCUGAGGGGAGGAUGCUGUGCCAUGAAGGAUGAUAGGAUCGGUUCACCUAUCGCAGCAAUUCUUUGGAACCGGAAGGCAUUCCAGGAAAAGCUUGCAUGUGCUGUGAUGGUCAUUUCCAGAUGUGGGAAUGUUUCACAACCAUGUCAAGGUUUGUUUUCCAGGCCUUCUAAAAUGCCAAGUGUUAUAGUCAUUAGGAUUAAUCAGAGCUAACUUUUUUUUCCCUUUCGUUUCCAUUCCUUUCCAUUUCCUGGAAUUGCAGGCUGGCUUCCAGCACGUUGUUCCCGCCUGUUUGAGAUAGUUCAGAGAUGGCACAUCAUGUUAUCCUGAGCAUCAGUAGAUGAAUCCAGAUUUUAGCACCCUGUGUUUUUGAACUUCACCUUGGAAGCACACAACUGGCCCUGGGGUUUAGGUUGUGUGUCAUUAUUUAAAAAAAAAAACCUGGCAUUUAAACAAGAAAAAUGGGGGUUUGAUUAAUGGAUCCUCCAAAUGCAUAGUUUAAUCUGAAUGGGACCCCCUUAUUUGUCAAGUCUUUGCCCUUAAAAAGUUUUUUGUGUGAUGUAGAAGCAGCCAAGAGCAACGCCUCAAAUAACCAGAAACGACCUUUUGUUUGUUGAUACAAAUUGUAUCUCUUUCUUGAUUGUAUAAAAAAAUUGUACAAAAAGCCAUGUGUAGAUUAGCUUCGAUAUCGUAUUUUCAUCACUAUGUUUGUGACACUGUGUGUCACAGGAGAGUAGCCCAUAAAGGAUUAUGAAUCUUUUUAUUUAAAAUGGGCGCGUAACAGUUUAUAGAAUAAAACAUGCACAGCUUUCGAAAUUCACUUUAUUACUGUAUAAUGUGCACAGCAUAUGCGUGUGCACUCACGGGCACUACGGGCUGCAUAAGUUAUAUUAAGUCUAUUUAUUAAAUGAAUGCAUUCUUGCUAUGAUCUGUUUUUGUAAAAUUCCAGUGUUAAUAAGGCUGAUAUUAAUAUUUAUACUUGGAGCUACUACUGACAGUAGAACUGCUGUAAAUUCUGCUUUCGUUUGGGCCAGGGUAGUGCCUGAAGUCACAUUUAGCGUUAAAUUUUGUGCACUCGCAACCUUUUGCAUGGAAAUCACCUUUUAUGUGUAUCUCUCUCUAAAAAUGGGUGUUCUUCCUUUAUUCCUAUUUUUAAGACAAACUUUUCCAGAGUUAUUUCAGAAAAGCCUUUCAGCUGAUCUGAUGCAGAGCAGAAGUUAAUGCAUGAUGGUUUUUUUUAUUGAGGUUUAAAACAUUUUACUCUUGCUGUCCGUAAAAGUUAUUUGUUGAGUUCUAGAUAUUGUUCGUAAAAACCGUUAGGUCUCUUGAGUGCUCUCUCAGGGAGAAAUACUGCUGGAGAAAGGACAUAGUGUAAUAGAACUGUAGCACUCUCUUUUUUUUCCUUGAGAAAGGGGACCCUCUUUUCUUCUCCACUGCCCCAAAGGGGGAGGACAGAAAUCCUGCUUGCCCAUCAUUUUCCCUUCAGUGAAACUUUGAUGUGUUUGGUUUCUUUUUCUCCCCCAAACUUUUCCAGUACCAGUGCAGAACGCAGUAUGUUUCCCUGUCAACUGAUAAUGCAGCAUUUCUUCUAACGUAGAAGGGAUGGUAUAAAAAUAAGUCACAGACGCCUUUGUUGUAAAUAGAAGACGUUGCUUUAAAAUGCUCUUUUUGAGAGCACAGUAUUUAAUUUUUUUAAAUUGUGUAUCAAACCACUAUAGCAUAGGUAUCCAUAAAUUAAUUUUAAAAAAAAUGGCCCAGUGAUGUCCUUCUUAUAAAAUAUUUAUUUCAACUCUGUGUAAUUUAUUAUUGAAGAGUGCUUCAUAGUGAGGUUGUUUGGCAACUGAUGUGUGUCUAGAAAAACCAAAAGGGUAGUUUUGGAAUGCUGGCUAGAGUGCGGUGAUUUUUGUAAAUAAUCGUUUUAUUUAAUAUUGUGCUUGCUUGUGCACACAAGGUUCUUCGGACUACUGUUAAGUCUUGUUCUUGUACUGUUAUGCUGCAGUAACUUGCUUUCCUUAUUGGUAGAACCAAACAUUACCGUUUGAUUGUUCUUGUAAAAAUUUAUACAAUCUCUUUGGGUUUUUUUGUUGACCCAAAUAUAACGUAAGUCUCAAUGACAAAGAAUGAAGGGAGGACUUGACAGCCGAUGGCCCCGAUUCAGCAGGACGUGUGUAGGAGGCUGGGUUUCCAAAGUGUGGCAGAAAUGGAAGUGUGUCCCAGGACCAACCUUGAAAUCGUUGGUUGCAUCACGGGAUUUUAAAGGGGAAGCACACACACCCCCCAUUUUGGGGCCGCUAAUACUCUGAAGCUGAGUCGGGGGCCAGUAUGUGGCGUCUCUAAUCAGGACCUUCCACUCUCUACAAUCUGCAUGUUUUAAGGCAUUUGAUGGCAUGCGCAUGCAUGAUGCCUCUGUAAAAAGUGUUUCUGUGAACGAAAAGGCUGAGAGACCUCACCAAACAUCAGCUUGUGGAGUUGAGGGUGGGUAGAAGCCAGUUUUUCCUUUCCUGCGAGAAUCAAUGCCUUUGUACGUUGCAUGAUCCUUGCUUGACAAGAAGCAACCUUCCUCCGUAGGCUGGUUGUCCGGAUGUCCCUGUGAAACGUAGCACAAAGGUGGCUGAAGCGUCCUCUCCGCUGGGCCCAGCAUCCCUUUGGCUGCUUUCUGACACCGCAGAAGUCAUAGGAGUCUUGCUUGAGGUCACCCAGUCCUCUCCAGAGUGUCCCUCAGUCCUAGGCAGGUAGAGGGAGCGCUCAACUCAUGCUUAUGAGACUCUGUUUUUAAGGAGGGAGGAGCAGUCAGCUCCACGUGAAUCACUAGGGUUACAUCCUGCCAAAUAACUUCCUGCAAAGCAGCACAUGUACCAAACAUCAAUGUUUCACUAAUCAGAGCAUUAGUUUCUCGUUGUUUGUGAAUGGUCCUGCUAAAGGCGUGGCCUUCUUAGCACUGCCGACGGGGAACCUCGACAACCAGGGGCUUCAACUUGAGCCUUGAAAGCCCACCAAAGUGAACAGAGAGGUUCCCCAACAGCAGAGCUGGUUGGGCGGCGUCUAGUCAACGGGUGGAAGGUCUCAACUGAGAAGAGGGCAUUUCUUUUCCGUAGAGUCAUUGCUUGCCACAUGCAUGUGUGCACUCAUGUAAAUUUCAUUGUCAUUUCAUACUGAAAGAAUAUACGUGUUCAUUGGAUAAGCUCCCUCUCUCUUGCAUUUAGAUUUAGCACUUGCAGAGACAGGUCACCGACAGAGUCUUUGUUUAACUACAAUGCAGAGGAUUGUUACAGGAAAAAUAAUCUACCCCCACCCCUGUAAGAAGACAUUCCAUGACUGUUUAACAGGUUUCAUGUAGCUGUUUUCUAUCUACGCAUUUAUCACAAUGUAUUCAAUAAACAGUCACUUGCUGACUACCACCCAGA